UGACCUUGUGUUCCAUUCUCAACUCCGAGCCGUGUUUUCAAACAACCACAACACAAACAAACGUGUCUUCUCAAUCAAAUGAGGUCGUGUUCUUCUCCCAAACUCAUUCGGUCCAAUUAAUACGUUCCAUCUUCUCCCUUUUCUCAUUUCAUCACAGUCACACCCACUAACCAUCUCCAUUUCUCCUUUUAUGCUUUCAUCACUGCCACUCUCACCGCAACAGCUCAUACUAAUACCAUGGCAGCGGCGACGAUAAUCUACUUUUAUUUUUUUCUCUUCUCCUUCGUCUCUUUCCACCAUUUAUUGUUUUCUUUCGCAGCUAGUUCUAAGACCAGGAUCACGCAGGGCGUCACGAUCAGGGACAAAGAGCAUGAAACAUUGGUGUCAGAAGAGCUCAACUUUGCGAUGGGUUUCUUCAGUUCCGACAACUCCUCUUCCCGCUACGUUGGAAUUUGGUACGACAACAUUCCCGGACCAGAAGUUAUAUGGGUCGCAAACCGCGACAAACCGAUCAACGGCACCGGAGGAGCCAUCACUAUUUCCAAUGACGGCAACCUCGUAGUCCUCGACGGAGCCAUGAACCAUGUUUGGUCCUCAAACGUUUCCAAUAUUAACAGCAACAACAAAAACUCCUCAGCAUCGCUUCAUGACGAUGGCAACCUCGUUCUCACAUGCGAAAAGAAAGUGGUUUGGCAAAGCUUCGAGAAUCCAACGGAUACAUACAUGCCCGGUAUGAAGGUGCCAGUGGGUGGAUUGAGCACUAGCCAUGUCUUCACUUCAUGGAAAUCAGCCACGGAUCCUUCAAAGGGAAACUACACUAUGGGGGUGGAUCCUGAAGGGUUACCUCAGAUAGUGGUUUGGGAAGGGGAAAAAAGAAGGUGGAGAAGUGGGUAUUGGGAUGGUAGAAUGUUUCAAGGGUUGUCCAUCGCAGCAAGUUAUCUUUACGGUUUCACGCUUAAUGGGGACGGUAAAGGUGGUAGGUAUUUCAUAUAUAACCCGUUAAACGGCACGGAUAAGGUGAGGUUUCAAAUAGGGUGGGAUGGAUACGAGAGAGAGUUCAGGUGGAAUGAGGAUGAGAAGAGUUGGAGUGAGAUUCAAAAAGGGCCUUUUCACGAGUGUGAUGUUUAUAACAAGUGUGGGAGUUUCGCGGCGUGUGAUUUGUUAACGUUGUCCCCUUCUUCGGAUUUAGUACCUGUUUGUACUUGCAUACGAGGUUUUGAACCGAAGCAUAGGGAUCAGUGGGAAAAGGGGAACUGGUCGGGUGGGUGUACGAGGAUGACUCCGCUCAAGGCUCAGAGGAUUAAUGUUACUUCUUCUGGGACUCAGGUUAGUGUUGGAGAGGAUGGGUUCUUGGAUCGUAGGUCUAUGAAGUUGCCCGAUUUCGCACGUGUGGUUGGCACGAAUGAUUGUGAGAGAGAGUGUUUGAGCAAUGGUUCUUGUACGGCGUAUGCCAAUGUUGGAUUAGGGUGCAUGGUGUGGCAUGGGGACUUGGUUGAUAUUCAACAUUUGGAAAGUGGAGGGAACACAUUGCACAUACGCCUCGCUCAUUCUGAUUUAGAUGAUGUUAAAAAGAACAGGAUUGUGAUAAUAUCAACGAUUGGGGCGGGGUUAAUCUGUCUAGGAAUCUUUGUAUGGCUGGUCUGGAGAUUCAAGGGAAAACUUAAAGUUCUGCCUACAGUUUCCUCAGUUUCUUGUUGCAAGAGUAGUGAUGCACUACCAGUUUUUGAUGCAAACAAGAGCAGAGAAAUGUCAGCAGAAUUUUCAGGAUCAGCUGACCUUAGUUUGGAGGGGAACCAAUUAAGUGGACCAGAAUUUCCAGUUUUCAAUUUUAGCUGCAUUUCAAUAGCCACAAACAAUUUCUCUGAAGAAAAUAAGCUUGGGCAAGGGGGCUUUGGCCCUGUCUACAAGGGAAAGCUUCCAGGCGGAGAACAAAUAGCUGUUAAGAGGCUCUCAAGACGGUCUGGCCAAGGUUUAGAGGAGUUCAAGAAUGAAAUGAUGCUGAUAGCCAAAUUACAACACAGAAAUUUAGUUAGAUUAAUGGGUUGCUCUAUUCAAGGGGAGGAGAAGUUGCUGGCAUAUGAAUACAUGCCAAACAAAAGCUUGGAUUGCUUUUUAUUUGAUCCUGUCAAACAAAAACAACUAGCUUGGAGAAGACGUGUUGAAAUCAUUGAAGGCAUUGCAAGAGGAUUACUUUAUUUGCACCGGGAUUCAAGACUUAGAAUAAUACAUCGAGAUUUAAAAGCGAGUAACAUUUUGUUGGAUGAAAACAUGAACCCAAAAAUAUCAGACUUUGGCUUGGCCAGGAUAUUUGGUGGGAACCAGAAUGAAGCCAAUACAAACAGAGUAGUUGGUACAUAUGGUUAUAUGGCCCCUGAAUAUGCAAUGGAAGGUCUGUUUUCAGUAAAAUCUGAUGUAUAUAGUUUUGGUGUAUUACUACUAGAGAUUUUGAGUGGCCGCAGAAACACUAGCUUUCGUCACUCAGAUGACUCAAGCCUCAUAGGAUAUGCAUGGCAUCUUUGGAAUGAACACAAAGCAAUGGAGCUUCUUGAUCCUUGCAUUCGUGAUUCUAGUCCUAGAAACAAGGCUUUGAGAUGCAUACACAUAGGGAUGCUAUGUGUGCAAGAUUCAGCAGCUCAUAGGCCAAACAUGUCUGCUGUGGUGUUGUGGCUGGAAAGUGAAGCAACAACUCUUCCCAUACCUACGCAACCUUUGAUUACUUCAAUGAGGAGAACUGAGGACAGAGAAUUUUACAUGGAUGGCCUUGAUGUUUCAAAUGAUUUGACAGUCACAAUGGUGGUAGGGAGAUAGAAAUUGAUUCCAUUCCCUUUCUGUGUCAGUUUUGUUUGCACUUCUCUUUCACCCUUCACAAGUACAUACAUAGGGCUCAUAUUGUUUUACUUUUCCCUUAUGGCCCUGGUGAAAUUAAACUAUACUAUACCCUUAAUAUUGAAUUCGCAUUUGUAUAUAUCAAUUUGUAUUUUGAGACUUCAGAGAAAUGUGAUUUGUUACCUGACAAAUAGAAAGAAAAAGGACUAGGAUCACUUUA